GCAGCCCCGCGCCAUGUCGCGGGUGAGCCCGCAGGAGGAGAACCUGCAGGGUUCCUGGGUGGAACUGCACUUCAGCAGCAACGGCAGCGGCAAUGGGAGCAGUGUCAGCACGGGGAGCCAGGAGCAAGUGCCAGCCUCCAUUUCCAUUCACAACGGUGACAUGGAGAAAAUACUCCUUGAUGCUCAACACGAAUCUGGAAGAAGCAGCUCAAGAGAAAGCUCACACUGUGACAGCCCUCCUCGUUCCCAGACACCUCAGGACAGUCACAGAGCUUUGGAAAUAGAGAGUCACAGCAGUGGAGAAAAGAACAGCUUUCAGUCUGAAGAAGAUUUCCUUGAAAGGAGAAGGGAAGUGGAAAGGCUCCUGAAGAAGAAUGCGGAUUGGAUUUGGGAUUGGUCCAGCAGGCCAGAGAACAUCCCCCCAAAGGAGUUCCUCUUCAAGCACCCCAGGCGCACGGCCACCCUGAGCAUGAGGAACACCAGUGUGAUGAAGAAAGGGGGGAUAUUCUCAGCAGAAUUCCUCAAGGUUUUCCUCCCAUCUCUGCUGCUUUCCCACUUGCUCGCCAUUGGACUGGGGGUGUACAUCGGGCGGCGCCUGACGACCACAGCUUCCAGCAGCGCGUUCUAGAGGCGCCUCAAGCCUGGUUCCGGAGCCGAGCCUGGGAAUGCAGGAGGGAAAGGCAGGGAUGUGGAGCGAGCCGUGACUCCAUGACCCAUGUACACCCGUUCUGCUGCGCUCCUGGUUUAGUAAGGGUAACAGGGACACCGGCGCCGACAUCUCCUGCAGCCAUUCCCAGAGCAUGUUCCGAUGCAUUCAUGUCCGUUGCAUUGCUUUGUAGUGCAGUAUCUUUGCAAACCAGAACAACUCCAUGUUUAAAGCCAGCCCUGCUCCAGUGUAGCCGUAGUGAUUCCGAGUGUUCAUCCCGUGGCUGCUUUUGUGCUUUGUAGAUGUGAGUAUUGGUCACUGCUGCUGCCAUGGCGACGAUAAGGGAUGAGCCCCGCACGGUGCGUGGCCUCGUGUGUCACAGGGAAGCUUGAGCCUCACUCGAGGCAGAUUGUGGUGGGCUCUUUCGCUGUGGGCUAUGAGCAGUGGGGGGACACUGUCAGCUGGGAGCAGUGCUGAGAGAGUAAAGCUCCACCAGUUUUUACUGUUGAGCAGGGCACACAACAGCCUGAGUUAGUGUGGACUCCGGUGCCUGUAAGAAGUAGCUGCUUUGCGAAGGCAUUGAUCUAACUCGCCAAGUGCUUCAAGUUCUCCUGUUGUAUCUACUCACAGGCCAUCGCUUCGCAGCCUUUUCACCUGUAAAAUACUGAAUUAGCAGCUGAUACUGCCCCAGCCUUGUAUAGAUUUCCGAGGGUCACUUGCUCAUUGUUUUUAUGAGGGAAUGCCUCCCAGUGAUUUUACCUUAUUUAAUGAGAAGAUGAAUGUUUGCCAAAUACCAUGUUUUAUAUAUUUAAAUAAAAAGGUUCCUUGUGGA